CGCGCUGAAAACUUGGAAAAGUUUGAUGAAAUUUCUCAUUGAAAAUUAUUUUGUUUCAUAUUUUACUCUUCAGUUUUUAAUCUUCUAUCCAUCAAAAACAAUUCAAUUGAAUUCCGUUUGUUAUUUUAAUAUCAAAACUAUUUUUCCCGGGGAACUGGAAAAGGAUUGGUUGGCAUCAAAAUAGCAGACGAAAUUUUGGCAUUCAGCAGUGAUUCAGAACUCACGUGCCAGGGAAAGACGAAAUGGCUUCCAAGGACAUUACCAAAGUUGUUUUAGCUGGCACUGCGGUGGUUGGUUUGGUUGUGAUUUAUUAUUUAUAUACUAAAAGAUCAAAAUUACAAGAUGGUGAUAAAAAACAAGGCACUAAAACUAAAGAAAAAUCGCCAGUAAAGAUACCCCAGACUCAAACUGCUGAUAAACAGGAUGUUCCGGAGAAAAAACCAGAACUGGGUCAGACUAAACCAAAACCAGAAUCAAAAAUUCCACAGAAGAUUCAGAGUAAGGCACAAGGUGUCGUGAAGCCAUCGUUGUCUGAAGGAAGCCCUGCAGUAUCCAAACCAGAAUUAACUCACCAUCAGGAUGAUAUCAAGGCUGGAGGUGAAACUGUUACUAUAAAUAAGAAAGAUCAGGAAAUACAGAAUACAGAACCAGUUAAAAAAACAGAAUUAUCAGCUGAACAACCAAAGGAAGAGAUAGUAAGUCCUGUAGUAGAGAAGAAAAAAGAAUCAACUGCAACUCCUGUAGCUGCUGUACAACCAGUCCCACCGCAACCUUCAACAGUAGAACAACAACAACUCAUCCAGGAAUCCGACAGACAAGUAUAUAAUGCACACAAUUCACAGGAAGUUUCUAUCAAGAGUGAAGCCAGCAUCAUACUGAAUUCUCCUCCUGUUUCUCAACAAACUGUCACUACUAUAAAUAAAACUUCUUCCACAGAAAACAGUACAGAAUCUCCAGUAAAAACUGAUGAGAAUGGAAUCGAAGCCCCACCACAAGCUGCCUCUAAACCUGGACUGGAUGUAGAGAGAAUUACCCAGGCUAUACAACUAGCUAAUAGCAACCCUGGCAGUAUUGAUAAAGAAACUCUUGAUACGUUAGUUAUGUUACUGAGACAGAAAGACAUCCCCUUACUUCAAGCCUCGUUAGACUGUAUCGUACGCUGUGGGGCUUACUCUCAAAAUCAGAGUUUAUUACGAGAGAGUGGAUGUAUUCAAGAAUUGACGAUAUUAUUGCAGAUCCAUGCCGUGGCAGCCAGAACUGGUUCAGAGACAUCUCAGAAACUCCUGGGGUCUCUAAAUAAUGCUAUCAUUAACCUGUGUAUGGAUAUACAGAACCAGGCCAGAUUAGAGGUGUGUAUACCAGUUCUGAUAGAUUUAAUAACGUAUGAGAGAAGUCCAGAAGAUGUUCAGUUGAUGUCGUUAAAAUCUCUAACUAAUCUCUCCACUACGCCGUCUUAUCAUGAUCAAUAUAUGGUAGCCAUUCCUCGUCUCUACAGCAUGAUGGAUGGUAUAAACUCCAGUAUUCGCCUACAAGCUGUUAAAGUUCUAGUGAAUUUAUCCUGCAACCCUGAAAUCAUCCCAGCUUUACUAGAAUCCAAGACACCCAGAUUGUUGUUGAAAUGUUUGGAACCACAAACAGAUUCUAUUCUCUUACUACGAGUUGUCACUUUAAUGGUUAAUCUAGUCUCCUGUAUCAAGGAAGGAAAGAUAACUGAAGAACAACUUCCAGCGCUUGAUAAUCCUGCCAAUGCUGGUACUAUCUAUAUGACGUUAUUUGGUGAGAAUGAGUCAGCAGAGUUGAAGAUGAGAAUACAGAAUUUAACUCGACAUUCAACUGAUAAUUGUGUGUGUGAUUAUAUUGUAGUGUUUGUGUGUGAGAGAGAGUCAAAUAGUAGCCAGUGUGGCAGUUGUCAUGAUGGUUUGAAAUUUAAAGAUAGAUUUUUUCUUCCAUUGCAAGUUAGUAAACAAUUUAGCCAAGUGAUCUGUAUGAUGAUUGGUUAAAACUCUAGGGGAAAUACUUGAGAUUAUUGAAAUUACUGAUCAUGAAACUUAAAUUUCCGAGUUAGCAACACCUGUUUAAUUGUUUUUAUGUUUAUUAAGUUAUUGUAUUAAUGAGUUUGAAGAUGAAAUAUUAUUAUAGUUUAUUUUUAAUAAAUAGUGCCUAUACUAUACUAUAAAACUG